AUGGAUCAGAUCUGCGAACUACCUAGAAGAAAUUGUCUGCUGCCCUUUUCCAAUCCAGUGAAUUUAGAUGCCCCUGAAGACAAGGACAGCCCUUUCGGUAAUGGUCAAUCCAAUUUUUCUGAGCCACUUACUGGGUGUACUAUGCAGUUAUCGACUGCCAGUGGAACAUCCCAAAGUACUUAUGGACAAGAUUCUCCAUCUUGUUACAUUCCACUGCGGAGACUACAGGAUUUGGCCUCCAUGAUCAAUGUAGAGUAUUUAAAUGGGUCUGCUGAUGGAUCAGAAUCCUUUCAAGACCCUGAAAAAAGUGAUUCAAGAGCUCAGUCGCCAAUUGUUUGCACUUCCUUGAGUCCUGGUGGUCCAACAGCACUUGCUAUGAAACAGGAACCCUCUUGUAAUAACUCCCCUGAACUCCAUGUAAAAGUAACAAAGACUGUCAAGAAUGGCUUUCUGCACUUUGAGAAUUUUACUUGUGUGGACGAUGCAGAUGUAGAUUCUGAAAUGGACCCAGAACAGCCAGUCACAGAGGAUGAGAGUAUAGAGGAGAUCUUUGAGGAAACUCAGACCAAUGCCACCUGCAAUUAUGACCCUAAAUCAGAGAAUGGUGUAGACGUGGUCAUGGGAAAUGAACAAGACAGCACACCAGAGAUUUCCAACCGGAGGCCCUAUCGACAGUACUACGUGGAAGCUUUUGGAGACCCUUCUGAGAGAGCCUGGGUGGCUGGAAAAGCAAUUGUCAUGUUUGAAGGCAGGCAUCAAUUUGAAGAGCUACCUGUCCUUAGGAGAAGAGGGAAGCAGAAAGAAAAAGGAUAUAGACAUAAGGUUCCUCAGAAAAUUUUGAGCAAAUGGGAAGCCAGCGUUGGUCUUGCUGAACAGUAUGAUGUUCCCAAGGGAUUGAAGAACCGAAAGUGUGUCACCAGUUCAAUCAAGUUGGACAGUGAGGAGGAUAUGCCAUUUGAGGACUGCACGAAUGAUCCUGAGUCCGAACAUGACCUCUUACUUAAUGGCUGCUUGAAAUCUCUGGCUUUUGACUCUGAGCAUUCUGCAGAUGAGAAGGAAAAACCUUGUGCUAAGUCUCGAGCCAGAAAGAGCUCUGAUAAUCCAAAAAGGACUAGUAUGAAAAAGGCCCACAUGCAAUUUGAAGCACAUAAGGAAGAACGGAGGGGAAAGAUUCCAGAGAACCUUGGCCUAAACUUCAUUUCUGGGGAUGUAUCUGAUACACAAGCCUCUAAUGAACUCUCCAGGAUAGCAAACAGUCUCACAGGGUCCAACACUGCCCCGGGAAGUUUCCUGUUUUCUUCUUGUGCAAAAAACACUGCAAAGAAAGAAUUUGAGACUCCAAAUUGUGACUCCUUACUGGGCUUGUCUGAGGGUGCCUUGAUGUCAAAAUGUUCUGGGGAGAAGAAGAAGCUCCAGCGAGGUCUGGUGUGCAGUUCAAAAGUGCAGCUCUGCUAUAUUGGAGCAGGUGAUGAAGAAAAGCGAAGUGAUUCCAUUAGUAUCUGUACCACUUCUGAUGAUGGAAGUAGUGAUCUGGAUCCCAUAGAUAAUAGUUCAGAGUCUGAUAACAGUGUCCUUGAAAUUACAGAUGCUUUUGAUAGGACAGAGAACAUGUUAUCCAUGCAGAAAAAUGAAAACGUAAAGUAUUCUAGGUUUCCUGCCACAAACACUAAGGUAAAAGCAAAGCAGAAGUCCCUUAUUGCUAACUCACAUAUGGACCACUUAAUGGAUUGUCCUAAGACAGCAGAGCCUGGAACUGAGACAUCUCAGGUUGCUCUCUCUGAUCUUAAAGUGUCCACUCUUGUCCGCAAACCCCAGAUAGAUUUUAGAAAUGAUGUUCUCUCUCCAAAAUUCAACACACCAUCAAACAUUUCCAGUGAGAACUCACUGAAAAAGGGUGGGGCUACAAAUCAAACUCUGUUGCAUUCGAAAAACAAACAGCCCAAGAUCCGAAGUAUAAAGUGCAAACAUAAAGAAAAUCCACUUGUAGUAGAACCUCCAGUUACAAAUGAGGACUGUAGUUUGAAAUGCUGCUCUUCUGAUACCAAAGGCUCUCCUUUGGCCGGCAUUUCCAAAAGUGGGAAAGUAGAUGGUCUAAAACUACUGAGCAACAUGCAUGAGAAAACCAGGGAUUCGAGUGACAUAGAAACAGCAGUGGUGAAACACGUCCUGUCAGAAUUGAAGGAACUCUCUUAUAGAUCCUUAAGUGAAGAUGUCAGUGACUCUGGAACAUCAAAGCCAUCAAAACCAUUACUUUUUUCUUCUGCUUCUGGUCAGAAUCAUAUACCUAUUGAACCAGACUACAAAUUUAGUACAUUGCUAAUGAUGUUGAAAGAUAUGCAUGAUAAUAAGACCAAGGAGCAACGGUUAAUGACUGCACAAAACUUGGUCUCCUAUCGGAGUCCUGGUCUUGGGGACUGUUCUACCAGUAGUUCUGUAGGGGCUUCAAAGGUUUUGGUUUCAGGAGGCUCCACUCGUAAUUCAGAAAAAAAUGGAGAUGGCUCAAAGGACCCAGUCCAUCCUAACCCUAGUGGUGGUGACUCUGCACCAUCUGGAGAGUUGCCUGCCUCCCUUCCUGGCUUAGUGUCCGACAGAAGAGACCUCUCUGCUUCUGGCAAAAGUCGUUCAAACUGUGUUACUAGGCGCAGCUGUGGGCGAUCAAAGCCAUCAUCCAAAUUGCGAGAUGGUUUUUCAGCCCAGAUGGGAAAGAACACAGUGAACCGUAAAGCCUUAAAGACAGAGCGUAAAAGGAAACUGAACCAGCUUUCAGCUGUGACUCUUGAGGCUGCACUGCAGGGAGACCGACAGAAUGGAAGUUCUGAGAACAGCUUCUCAAGAGGUGGGGUGGAAGACGCUGGUAAAAAAGAACCCCUUCAAUUAAUGGGCCAUUUAACAAGUGAAGAUGGUGGCCAUUUUUCGGAUGUUCAUUUUGAUAGCAAAGUCAACCAGUCAGACCCUAGUAAAAUUCAUGAAAAAGGUCCCUCUUUUGAAAACAAAAAAGUCCCAGAACUGGAUUCUGAAAUGAAUAGUGAGAAUGAUGAACCCAAUGGCAUAAAUCAAGCAGUGCCUAAAAAGCGGUGGCAGCGUUUAAACCAAAGGCGCACUAAACCUCGUAAGCGCACUAACAGAUUUAGAGAGAAAGAAAACUCUGAGGGUGCCUUUGGGAUCUUGCUUCCUGCUGACUCUGUAAAGAAGGGGGGUGAGUUCUCAGAGCACAGACCCCCUCCUUCAGUGAACAUACUGGAGGAUGCACUGACAGACCCAAAUCAUGCCAGCCGCUUAGAUCCAGUUGGGCCACAGUUGAAGGUUUGUGAAAAAUCCAGUGCCAGCAUUGAGGAAGUGGAAAAGGAGCCAGGGAUUCCCACUUUGACUCCUCAGCCUGAGCUCCCCCAACCAGCUGUGCGAUCAGAGAAGAAGCGCCUUAGGAAGCCAAGCAAGUGGCUUCUUGAGUAUACUGAAGAAUAUGAUCAGAUAUUUGCUCCUAAGAAAAAACAAAAGAAGGUACAGGAACAGGUACACAAGGUAAGUUCCCACUCUGAAGAAGAAAGCCUUUUAGCCCGAUGUCGAUCUAGUUCUCAUAACAAGCAGGUGGAUGAGAAUUCUUUGAUUUCAACCAAAGAAGAGCCUCCAGUUCUUGAAAGAGAGGCUCCGUUUUUGGAAGGGCCCUUGGCUCAGUCAGAACUUGGAGGUGGACAUGCUGAAUUGCCACAGCUGACCUUGUCUGUGCCUGUAGCUCCAGAAGUCUCUCCACGGCCUGCCCUUGAGUCUGAGGAAUUGCUAGUUAAAACAUCAGGAAAUUAUGAAAGUAAGCGUCAGAGAAAACCAACUAAGAAACUUCUUGAAUCCAAUGAUUUAGACCCUGGAUUUAUGCCCAAGAAAGGGGAUCUUGGCCUUUCUAGAAAGUGUUACGAAGCUGGUCACUUGGAAAAUAACGUUACUGAAUCAUGUUCUGCAUCUCAUUGUAAAGAGUUUGGUGGAGGCACUACCAAGAUAUUUGAUAAACCAAGGAAGCGAAAACGACAGAGACAUGCUACAGCCAAGGUGCAUUGUAAAAAACUGAAAAAUGACGACUCAUCAAAAGAAACUCCAAGCUCAGAGGGAGAACUGAUGACACAUGGGACGGCUGCAAGCCCCAAGGAAACUGUUGAGGAGGGUGUAGAAAACGACCAUGGGAUUCCUGCAUCUAAAAAACUGCAGGGUGAACGAGGUGGAGGAGCUGCACUCAAGGAGAAUGUUUGUCAGAAUUGUGAGAAACUGGGUGAGCUGCUGUUAUGUGAGGCUCAAUGUUGUGGGGCUUUCCACCUGGAGUGCCUUGGAUUAACUGAGAUGCCCAGAGGAAAAUUUAUCUGCAAUGAAUGUCACACAGGAAUCCAUACCUGUUUUGUAUGUAAGCAGAGCGGGGAAGAUGUUAAAAGGUGCCUUCUGCCCUUGUGCGGAAAGUUUUACCAUGAAGAGUGUGUCCAGAAAUACCCACCCACUGUCAUGCAGAACAAGGGCUUCCGGUGCUCCCUACACAUCUGUAUAACCUGCCAUGCUGCUAAUCCGGCCAGUGUUUCUGCAUCUAAAGGUCGUCUGAUGCGCUGUGUCCGCUGCCCUGUGGCAUACCAUGCUAAUGAUUUUUGCCUGGCUGCUGGGUCAAAGAUUCUUGCAUCUAAUAGUAUCAUUUGCCCUAAUCACUUUACACCCAGGAGGGGCUGCCGAAAUCAUGAGCAUGUUAAUGUUAGCUGGUGUUUUGUAUGCUCAGAAGGAGGCAGCCUUCUGUGUUGUGAUUCUUGCCCUGCUGCUUUUCAUCGUGAAUGCCUGAACAUUGAUAUCCCUGAAGGAAACUGGUAUUGCAAUGACUGUAAAGCAGGCAAAAAGCCACAUUACAGGGAAAUUGUCUGGGUAAAAGUUGGGCGAUACAGGUGGUGGCCAGCUGAGAUCUGCCAUCCUCGAGCUGUACCUUCCAAUAUUGAUAAGAUGAAACAUGAUGUGGGCGAGUUCCCUGUGCUAUUCUUUGGGUCUAAUGACUAUCUGUGGACUCACCAGGCCCGAGUCUUUCCCUACAUGGAGGGGGAUGUGAGCAGCAAGGAUAAAAUGGGCAAAGGAGUGGAUGGGACAUACAAAAAAGCUCUUCAGGAAGCUGCAGCAAGGUUUGAGGAGUUAAAGGCCCAAAAAGAGCUGAGACAGCUGCAGGAAGACCGAAAGAACGACAAGAAGCCACCACCUUACAAACAUAUAAAGGUGAAUCGCCCUAUUGGCAGAGUACAGAUCUUCACUGCAGACUUGUCUGAAAUUCCCCGUUGCAACUGUAAAGCUACUGAUGAGAACCCCUGUGGGAUAGACUCUGAGUGCAUCAACCGCAUGCUGCUCUAUGAGUGCCACCCCACAGUAUGUCCUGCUGGAGGGCGGUGCCAAAACCAGUGCUUCACUAAACGCCAGUAUCCAGAGGUCGAAAUUUUUCGCACGUUACAGAGGGGCUGGGGUCUCCGGACAAAAACAGAUAUUAAAAAGGGUGAAUUUGUGAAUGAGUAUGUGGGAGAGCUAAUAGAUGAAGAGGAGUGCAGAGCUCGAAUCCGUCACGCCCAAGAACAUGAUAUCACUAAUUUUUAUAUGCUCACCUUAGACAAAGACCGGAUCAUUGAUGCUGGUCCCAAAGGAAACUAUGCACGUUUCAUGAACCAUUGCUGCCAACCCAACUGUGAAACACAAAAGUGGUCUGUGAAUGGAGAUACCCGUGUUGGCCUUUUUGCCCUGAGUGACAUUAAAGCAGGCACUGAACUUACCUUCAACUACAACCUAGAAUGUCUUGGGAAUGGAAAGACCGUUUGCAAAUGUGGAGCCCCGAACUGCAGUGGCUUUUUGGGUGUAAGGCCAAAGAAUCAACCAAUUGCCACGGAAGAAAAGUCAAAGAAAUUCAAGAAGAAGCAACAGGGGAAGCGCAGGACCCAGGGUGAAAUCACAAAGGAGCGCGAGGAUGAGUGUUUCAGCUGUGGGGAUGCUGGCCAGCUUGUCUCCUGUAAGAAGCCAGGCUGCCCAAAAGUUUACCAUGCAGACUGUCUCAAUCUAACCAAGCGACCGGCAGGGAAAUGGGAGUGUCCUUGGCAUCAGUGUGACAUCUGUGGGAAGGAAGCAGCGUCCUUCUGUGAGAUGUGUCCCAGCUCCUUUUGUAAGCAGCAUCGGGAAGGAAUGCUCUUCAUCUCCAAACUGGAUGGGCGAUUGUCUUGUACUGAGCAUGACCCCUGUGGGCCUAACCCUCUGGAACCUGGGGAGAUUCGUGAGUAUGUGCCUCCUCCAGUUCCGCUGCCUCCAGGCCCAAGCACUCACCUGGCAGAGCAUUCAUCAGGAGUGCUUGCUCAGGGGCCCAAGAUGUUGGAUAAGCUGCCUGCUGACACCAACCAGAUGCUGUCACUGUCCAAAAAAGCUGUGGCAGGGACUUGUCAGAGACCACUGUUGCCUGAAAGACCUCCUGACAGAACUGACUCCAGGCCCCAGCCUGUAGAUCGGGUUAGGGACCUUGCUGGGUCAGGGACCAAACCUCAAUCCUUGGUAUCCAGCCAGAAGCCAUUGAACAGACCACCUGCAAUGGCAGGACCAAGACCCCAGCUAUCUGACAAACCCUGUCCAGUGACCAACCCAAGCUCCUCACCCUCAGUCAGGUCCCAGCCAUUGGAAAGACCUCUGGGGACAACUGACCUGAGGCUGGAUAAAUCCAUAGGUGCUGCCAGCCCAAGGCCCCAGUCAUUGGAGAAAACUCCAGUCCCCACUGGCCUGAGACUUCCACCACCAGACAGACUGCUAGUCACCAGCAGUCCCAAACCCCAGAGUUCAGACAGGCCCCCAGACAAAUCCUAUGCCUCUUUGUCCCAGAGACUCCCACCUCCUGACAAAGUACUGUCAGCUGUGGUCCAGACCCUGGUAGCUAAAGAAAAAGCGCUGAGGCCCGUGGACCAGAAUACUCAAUCAAAAAAUAGAGCUGCUUUGGUGAUGGAUCUCAUAGACCUAACUCCUCGCCAGAAGGAGCUGAUAGUUUCUCCUCAUGAAAUCACACCACAGACUGAUGAGAAGAUGCCAGCUCUGGAGUCAAGCUCCUGGACUGCCAGCAAAGGUCUGGGGCAGAUGCCACGAGCUGUUGAGAGACCUUGUGUGUCAGAUCCUGUCCUUCAGCCACACGGGAAAGCAGUGGCCCCUUCGGAGCACCCCUGGCAAGCUGUUAAAUCACUUACACAGGCCAGACUUCUUUCUCAACCCCCUGCCAAGGCUUUUUUAUAUGAGCCAGCAACCCAGGCCUCAGGAAGAGCACCUGCAGGGGUGGAGCAGACCCUAGGGCCUCCCAGCCAAGUACCAGGCCUGGUGAAGCACGUGAAGCAGAUAGCCAGAAGCCAGCAACUACCUGGACUUGCUGCCAAGAGUGGGCACUCCUUCAGGCCUCUUGGGAAGGCCCCACCCUGCCUUUCCACUGAAGAGAAGUUGGCAACCACAGAACAGAAUCCUUGGGCCCUGGGAAAGGCCUCACCAGGGCCAGGGCUUUGGCCCAUGGUUGCUGGACAGACACUAGCACAGUCUUGCUGGUCAUCUGGGAGUGCACAGACAUUAGCACAGACUUGUUGGUCUCUUGGAAGAGGGCAAGACCCUAAGCCAGAGCAAAAUACACUUCCAGCUUUUAACCAGGCUCCUUCCAGUCACAAGUGUGCAGAGUCAGAACAGAAAUAACACCAGUAAAUGCCACAUGACCAGACCAGCUGCCCCCCCAGGGUUCUUGGGGAAGGGAAAUCAUCUUUCUUCCCCACCCCCCCCCUUAAGAAACAGACCCCAACACUUUUCCACUGUUACUCUUUCCUUAUAUUCCAACACUCAGAACCCUUCUGACAUUAGCCAGUGGGGGCUUGUGGUGGUGUGAACCAUGUAUGGAAAUCCAAGUGGCCCCCAGCCAAGGAGGGAGACAGACUUGGGUAUCUUUCCCCCAAUCUUUACAUGUGGUAACUUGAAAUAAAAAGUCCACUCUGGAGUCAAGCAUGGGAUUCAAUUCCACUGUUCAGGUUGGAAGGUAGAGGGGGCUCUCAAAGCUAUUUCUCGAGCCCUUCAGAGCGCCCCACUGAGUGUACCUGAUGAACCCUUGGGAGGAACUGAUAUGCAUUCAUGUCAGUGGUGAUUUCUUGAGCAUUCACAAGUGCUAAGCCAGGCACUAGUCACUGACGGGUGAUAGAUAAGAUCUGAUCCCUGUGAGCCUAACAUGCCUGCUUGGGGUCCCAGGCUGUUUUCAAGAACCCUUGACCAGGAAGUAACGGAAGUUCUGAGGGGGCCUGGCACUCCAGACCUAUUUUGUAAUGUCCUUUGUGGCCCCAAAAGUGGUUGUGUUAAAAGUGUCUGUUGAUUGGGUGUGCAUGCACCCUCAAUGUGUAGGUCUCCUCUCUGGGUGGGAGGAGGUUGUAUUGAGGCCAAGUGGGGCUAUUGGCUGUGCAGCCACUGCUGCUUCUGUCAGGUCUGUGGAGUUUGAAGAUCGGUCCUAGGUGGAACAGCUCAUUGUGUGGGUUGGGCUCUACAAGGACAUAGCUUUCCCACAGUGUAAGGAGGCAUUUGGCAAGCUUAUCUUUCUUUCCUACCAGUUUUCUUCUUUUUACAUUAAUCCACCCCAUGCCUACCCCCCAAACACAGGUGCUUUCAGAUUUCAGAGUCUCGGGCAAAGGCUGUAGAGAAUCACUGGCAAGCUCUGGGCUAGAUCCACCACCAGCUCAGGUAGAGUGCCAGAUCCUGAUGGAAGAUCUUCUCUUCUGACACUUUACCCUCCUACCUGAAUGGAUGGAGUCCUCUUCUUCGCUAGUGGAUUCUGCUGCCCUCUUCCUGGGAAUUGCUGUGCUCUGUAUGGAGAGUGCCUGCCCACUGACAUAGCUCAAAAACAAACAAGAACCCUUCCCCUAUAACUGGCAAGAUGUGGCAUUUAGACCAAUGUCUAGUCUAAGAGAUGACUCCUCAUAACUGCUGAUUAUCUGUUACUGCUGCCCUGAGCUGGGGCCCCAGGGCUGGGAAAUCUGUUGGUGCUACCCUGCCCUACCGUUCACCCAGCUCAUCAACUGCCAACAGGAAGUGCUGUUUGGCCAGUUCCUUCCCAUUCACCCACUCCUCCUUUGUCCCUAGACCAAAUGUGUUCCUUCCCAUUCACCCACUCCUCCUUUGUCCCUAGACCAAACGUGUUUACCUCUCUCCUUUGCCAACUUUGCCAACAGCUUUAGCCAACAGGCCAUCUCCUGGCCCAAGUGUCUCCUGGCCAUUCUGUCUCUGUUAUGGCUUUUACACCCUCAACAGGAGUCUAUAUUUUGUCCCAAUUUCCUCCUCCCAAGUUCCUAUUGAGGCUAUUCUCAUCACUUCUAAGGAGGGAACAAUAGUUAUAUGGAAGCAUUUGCGCUUUAUAUAUAAAUUAAAAGAAAAUUUGCUUUUAUUUCCCAAAGUCUGUCUCGGGUUGAGACACUUGAACUCAGGCAGAGGCAUGAGGCUGGACAGGAUGCCCUGAGCUUAGGGGCCUAUCCCUGCAUCUCACUUAGACCUCGGAAUCUCCUCUGUGAAUUCCAUCUGCCUAGUUCUCCCCUUUCAUCCUCUCUUCCCACAUCAUCAGAGAGGGAAAGCUCUUUGUUCAAAAGGAAGAGAAAACAAAGCAUCUUAUUUUCUUUUUUAAAAAAUUUUAAACCAUGGAAAAGAUAUUUUUAAAGAACCCCACCCAGAACAUAAAGUUCAUUAUAUUAAGUAUUUAUCAUGUGUGAGAAUAUUAAGUAUAUAACUGCAGCUAGUAGGACCCUUUCCCUAAUCUCUUAGGUUGUAUGAGUAGGGUUUGCUUGGUGCCAGUCCUGUGCCCUUUUCUCUCCUGUCAUCUCUAGUUGUGAUCAGAAAAAGAUAUCCGCACUGCAUUGUCAGAAUCUCCUUUCACUAUGUUGUGUGUUAAAUUACCGUAGCUCUUUGUUUCAUGAAAUAAACUGUGAAUUUUUUUGCGGGGUGUGUGUGUGGCGGGGGGAAUGUGUGUGCAGGCUAUGUACAAUUUUUUAAGUGGAGAAGUUUGAUCUUGAACUAGCUUCUCUAAAGUAGGCUUUGGUAGAUAAUUGACUUGAUAGACGCUCUAGAUAUGUCUCACAGGACAGGAAGAAGUGAGGGAACAGUGGGCCAUGAUUGGCCACUUCGUGGUUUUGUUUUGAUUCUUUCCAUUCUUCACCAUUCACUGGAAAUUUCCUUCCAGACCUACCUGAGCAUUUGGGGUGGGAGACAGGCAGUUUUCUAUCUAAAUGGUUGGACAGCCAGGCUUCCGUGAAGGCCAUUGAAAGACACUCUCAGGUUGAAUGGAAACUAGAAAUUCAAUUAUCAGUCCACUGAUAGCGCAGCAUCUGAUACAAGGUGUUAACAAGAAAGCAGUCACCAUACAGUUAGAAGCAGAGUCGGAAGGGCUAUUGGGAAGUGAGACUAGUUUGAAGGUAAGGUAGGAAGGGAGUGGCCUCGCCAGCCUUGGGGACUCUCCUGGAGCUAUUUAUGAGAUUUUUUUCUCCAGGGGUUGUGAAUUGGCAGUUAAAAGGAAAUCCUUUCUUACAAACUCCUGAUCUUUAUACAGGAUGGUUUGGUGUCUGUCUCAAAAGAGAGUCUGCCUCUAAGCCAUAUCCCCAGGGAGCCUUUCCAAGAGGAAGCUAUAGCUCCCACAAGUGGCUAAAGAAUCAAUACCUCUCCUAGCCCUGUUAAGCCAGAAAAAAAUUAGGGAAACAACUCAAAGCCUCAUUUGCUUCUGCUGGAGCUAAACCAUUCUAAUAGCAAAGUAGCUGUCAUUGCUACAAAAGCAUCAAGGUUUUAAAUGUCUGCUCCCCCCUGAAGUUACUGAGUUUGAGAUGAUAUAAAUCACUGUUGAUCUUCUGAACAACUACCAAAUCUACAGUUUUAUCAUUGAUAUAAAUAAUUUAUUUUUUACAUCCUUUACCCCCACACUACAGUCAGGGCACAAAGGGCAUCAGUGAUCCUUUCCCAGGCUCGGCAGCAUCUACUCACUGGAGCUGGACUCCCAGGUUGCAUUGUGUGAACAGAGUGGCAGGAAGUCUGGUCCUGGCAGCUUCCCCUGUGGAGAGGAAUCAGGAGAGCACUGAACAUGGAUGGAUUUUUGCCUUCAGCUCCUAUAAAGCAGGUUUUCUCUUAAGGCUUUUUGGGGGGAUUUUGUCAGCCAGGAGGUCAGAGUGGCCGUGUGUCCUACCCAACCUUUCUGAGAGCUUGGCAGGGAAAGAGCUGCCAUAAGCCCCUUUUCCUGCUGAAUGAUGUUUGGGCUGUACCGUGUGUUAGACAUUCCAGAUCAGUUAGAGCUAGGUAGCUGCUCCAUGAGGCUCAUUGGCUAUGGCCAGUUAGCUCUCAGCUGAGCUUCCUAGGGCCAGUGCGGCAGGGCCAGAGGUUGCUGUAGUAUAAAUUGAAAUAAUAGAUAAUUGCUUUGUAUACACAAAAAAAGUAAUGAUGGUGCUAAUCUCCUGGUAUAAAUAAGCACUGCCAAGGGUUGAGGGACUGGCAACUUGAGAAACCCAGGUUCUUGUUCGGAAGGAAGAGAUUUUAUGUAGAAUGUUUUCUUUGAGGCUGUAUUAGAGAAGAAGGCAGAGCCUAAGGAAGCCUGCACCUGACCUGGGAGUGGUACAGCACAGUCCAGUGGAAGAGAUGCUGUAUCCAGAUGCAGGUGGUCAUUGAGUUUUUCUCAGGGCUGCUAUUGCCUUGCCCAUAGGCUCCAUCCACUGCCUGUAACAUGUUGGUAGAGAACUCUUGGUGUGGGGUCUCCUCUCUGCCCCUCUCUACCUCUUCCAUUCUCAUGGGAGCACUUCUCUUGCUUAUGAAGAUUAGGGGUAGUAUUUCUUAAGGAAGUGGAGUUUAUUUGAAUUAGAACCUACAGCCUGGGAAGAAAUGUUUCCUACCAACAUAAGCAAAAAACAUUACAUUCUUACGUGGUCCCUUUUCUAGAGCUGCUUUCCCAUGACUUAACACAGGCUGUGGAGGGGCUUCAGAUACAUACAGCACCCUGGAAGCUGAGCAGAGCCUUGGACAGGUGAGCCCAGGGAAUAGAUGCAGAACUGAAUGAUUCUGGUGCUUUAGACUUCCAGGGUAGGGGCAGAGAACAGGUGGUCCCCAGGUCUGAGGUGGGUGCUGCCUGUGUGUGCAUGUCGGUGAGAGUGUGUUGAAGAUGGGUGAGUGCAGCACAGAGGAGCUCAUGGAAGAGCAGCUUUGUGAGUCUUGGCAAAGAAACAAGCUGACAAUAGAAACCUAUCUUUAUAUUUUUAAGAAAGGGGUGGGGGGUGUCAGCUGAGGUCCAUCACUGUUUUGGGUUUUUUUUGCCCUCCCCCUCCCCCCCUAUACAUUGUCAGCUGUAAGUGAAACUCCUAGUGAAAAAGAAGGGAGCCCUGUGCUAGGAGCCCCAUAAACAUGUACUGUAAUUCUUUGUAUAUAGAAAAAAAAUUACUGUAAAGUAAAGUGUAACUUUACUCUUAA